AUGCGUUUCCUUUUCUUGCUUUGCUCGCUGCUAUAUGUCGCACGCGCCGAAAACAGAUGUUACAACACCCAAGGCACACUCAUCGCUGAGAGCUCUUAUGUGCCUUGCAAUUCCACCGCAGCAAUAUGUAUUCAAGGAGGACUCUGCUAUGCCACACAAAGCUCUUACAAUGGCUACAUCUACGGCAACGGCUGCACCGACUCGACUUUCAGUGACGCUUCAUGCCCAUAUGCCUGUCCUAUGGCCAGUAAGCAAACACCCAUCAUACCAUGCCCUUCCGCUUUCUCUGACGAACGCCAAAAAGAGGCCAAUGGAUGGAAAUCCUACAACGUGCUUCCCUGCACACGCGACAAAUGGUGUUGCCGCGAUGCAUUGGACUCGUCAAACUGCUGCAACAACUCGACCCUACUCCUCGACUCGGAUCAAACCUCCUACCUUGGCCGCUCCAUCAACAAUGUAAUUCCCGGCACCUCGACUUCAACUUCUGACUCAAACUCCACCGAGGCAACCGCCACAGUCACAUCAACCAUCACAGCAACUUCUUCCAGCGACUCAGACUCCAGCAACACCACCACUGUUGUUGGUGCAGCUGUGGGCGCAGUCCUCGGUAUGGGGGCGCUGAAAUCGCAAGAGUCGUAUUCCAACGCUAGCUCCAGCGCGCCUAUGGUUCAACAACACUAUAGCAGUGCACCGUUAAGCGAAGCUCCAUCACAACACGCAUACGAAGCAGAUUGGAACAAUGGCAGAUACGAAAUUGAUAGUACGGGCAAGUAG